UUUAAUUAAUAUUUCUUUAAUUGUAAUUCAAAAUAAUUGAUGUAUAAAUUUUAGUGAAAGAAUUGUCUCAAUUUAAACUUUUAUAUAAAAUUUACUUUUUAUUAGUAACUUCAAGCAACAGAAAUUUAAUUAUAAAAAAUUUAUAUUUUUUUAAUUUUUGGUUUAAAAUAAUUAUGAACAGUCAAGAGAAUAAUGGUAAACAACUAGUAGAAUCCUUAUCUAUAGCUUGUCAAAAUGCUGCAAAAUUCAUUAAUAAAUUAUCCUUAAAUAAUGAGUCUUUGAAUAAUGAAAUAAUUACUUUAAGAACAGAAAAUCAAAAACUAAAAAAAAAUUAUUUUAGUCUAACAUCUCAACUUGAUAAAAUUGAAGAAAGUAUCAAAGAACUAGCCAUUUUAUCUGAUAUAACUUCGUUUGAAAAUGAAUCUGUAUUUAAUAUAUUAACUCGUUUGAUUAUCACAACGAAAAAAAAUAGUCACAAUAGUAAAAAACGUAAACUUAAUUUAUGUUACUCACCCUUGAAGUUAUCUAUCAAAGAUGAUAGUGAAGUAUUAAAAAAUACCAAGAAUAAUAGUAACACUUCAGACAAUACCAAAACCACCUGGAAAUUAAGUAUUGAUCGUAAUGGUAACCCUUCAAAUUUAUUAAAGAAAUCUAAACAAGCCACUUUACAAGUUAAGCCAUUAGUAUCUAAAACAAAAUUAGAUAUUAAAAUUCAGAAUAGUUUGUGUAAUAAUAUAUCAUCUUACAGUAAUGACAUUAUUUUAAGUCCUAUUAAAACAACUGCUGAAAUAAAACUUAAUGAACAAAAUAUGGCUACUAGUAAUUUGAUGGAAGAAAAAAAUCUUUUGGCCAAAGGAGAUAACUGUAAUGAAGAUGAUUGUUUAGUUGAAACUAUCAGCGACUCUAUUAAUUGUUCUAUUAGCCAUUUUAAUAGGCUAAAUAAACCAAUAAAUAAUACUUCUAUUACAAAAGACAUUGGUUCUCCAGUAAUUAUAGAUGUUUUUAAAUAUUCAAUGAUUAAUACUGGUACUCAUCAAGAUGAAAGUAAUGAUUCUUCUGAUGAAACUAUUUUUAGUCCAAUUAAUGUUACUAUUGAUAAAUUAGAUGAUACUAAUUGUAAUGGGUGCCUCAAUAAGCCACCUGAAAAUAAUUUGUUUGAUAGUUUUGAUAUUAUACCUGGUUUAAAUAAUAAACCAGAAGUUCUUCCAAAUUAUAAAUUUAAAGAAAACCCAGUAAGAAAACAAAAUGAACGUAAACAAUUAAAUGGUUGGGACUGUGAAGAAUGUAGAAAGUUCUAUGAAGAUGUCAAUGAUAAUCCAGAUGAAGCUAAAAAUGCAAUGAAUCAAUUUUCAAGACAUCGAUCAGUGAAACAUCAACAUGUUGCUAAUACUCCUCCAGGUCUCUGGGAUCCAUUGUAAAUUACAAAAAAUAAUUUGUGAAUUGUAUAAUUUAUGGCAACAUAUUUUUAUAAAAUAAACUUAUUAAAAUGUUUAUAUACAUACGAUUUUUAGUGAUAAUGAAAAAAAAUUUAAAAUAAAGUGUUAUUUAAAUAAGCUUAUUAUUUCAAUUUCAAGAUAUGAAAUCUGUAAUAUGUAAUAAAAGCCAAAAGUUAAUUUAAGAGUCUA